UACAAAUAAGGAAAUUCAACACAAGAAUCUAAUGUACCCUCAAAUUAAAUAAUUGAUAUCUAGGAUAUUUGUUGAAAGUCAUUGUACUCCUAAUUUAUAAUCAUCACAGUAGUUAAAAUUAUUAUUCAAUCACAAUGAUCGUGAAAUUAGUUAUUGGGAUUUUGUUUCUUAACGCAGUUUCACCAAGACACGUGCCUAGAUAUUCUGAUUUGGACGAAGAAGAUCAACAUUUGUUCCGAGCUGCAUACGACACUCCCAGCUACGAUCACGAGGAACAGGAGGACAACGAAAUAUCCCUCGACAAGCUGGACUUGUUGAAAGGCGGUCUUUGGGCUGUGAAGGCGAAACUGAAAGAAUUAAAAGCAUUUAACAAAGCCCUCGCCGCGAACAUGCUCUCCACCAAAUUAAAGCUCAAGGAACUGCUAAAAAAUCAUAUGGUGCCCGUCAAAACUAUUAAAGAUGUCGACAAAAAGAAGACUUAUUAUCACUAUCAGCCAACGCCGUCGCAUCCACAAUACGAACAGUAUGCUGGACCUCAAUACGGCGCACCCCAGCACGGCUACGACCCGUACUACGGCCACUAAUUCUGAACAAUGCUACUGCUAAAGAAAUUAACUUAAAAGUAAAUUAAUUUUACACGCAAAUUUGUAUUAAAUUCUCUUCUUUUCUUUCAUCAAAAGAAAAAUAGUAGAAAUAAAAUCUGGCUCCAAGGCAA